AUGUCACUGUGGGCGAGAGCUCAACAGCUGCCUCCAGAGAGCCUGCAAAAGGUGCGAGCCAUCUAUGGAGAUCAUUUUCCUAUUGAAGUUCGCCAUUGUCUGGCAACAUGGAUAGAAAGUCGCAUUUGGACCCCGGAACCAGAGGAGCAGCAAAGGUUCUUUGUUGAGGAGCUAGUUCAGGAGAUUCACACCAAUGCUGAGCUGAUGUUGUCUCCUGAGAUGUUUGUUACCAAGAUGAAGUUGCUGGAAGCAGCUAAGAUCUUCAGAAUGCAGUAUGGGCACGCCCCUCACGAGCUAUACACGUACAUGCGUCGUUGUCUCGCAAUGGAAGUGGAGGUGAUACAGGCCGCGAUGGGCCCUUAUGCUGCGCAGCCGCAGACUGAGAGGAAAUAUAGUGAGCUGAUUACGGGCUUACAAAAUGUCCGUCAGAAAGUGAAUAUGGCGAGUGAGGAAAUACGGAGCUUGCAAGCCAACAUUGAAUCAUUCUCGCUCCAGUACCACGAGUGUCUCAAGAAUAAAGGACACAUAAAUUACUUGCAACAAUCGGGUCCCAUGACGAACGAACGCCGAGAGCUUGAAGCCUGCCUUCGUGUGCAGAUUGAAGAAAUGGAACGGAAACUUAAUGCUCUGGUCGCACAAAUUAACCAGUCGCAAAUGGAACUGGUUGACCAUAUGAAGGAAAACAUCGCUAAUUUGAGACAGCUCCAGAGCCAAGUUCUUGAUGAAGAGCUUAUUAAAUGGAAACGUGAGCAACAGCUAAGCGGAAAUGGCGUUCCGAUGCAAUCUAACCUCAACACCAUUCAAGAAUGGUGCGAACUCCUUGCCGACUUAAUAUGGAGUACCAGACAGCAAGUGAAUAACGUCGCAAGAAUCAAUAGCAAGACGAUCGUCGAGCUACGGCAGCCGCAUUUGGUGGAAAUGCUCGACGAGAUGAGUAAACAGGUAAUAGUCGGUUGCCAUGGCGACCGGGAUGUUGCUGUUCAAGUGUUAGGCCCUUUCUCCACUGCUCCGGUCCGGCGUCGGAUACCGGAAUGA